GUGCUCUUACAUGUUAGAAAUAAAAGUCAUCCGGACUUUUCUCUCUUUAGAGUUGAGAUCUGCCUUGAAAUAGGAUCUGGAUCUGGUGUGGUCUCAACAUUUCUAGCAUCUUCCAUUAUCGGAUCCAGUGCGCUGUACAUAUGUACAGAUAUCAACCCAAUGGCAGCUUACUGUACGCUGGAGACAGCUCUGCUUAACAAUGUUCACCUUCAGCCAGUCAUUACUGACUUGGUCAAAGGACUAUCUCCAAGAUUAAAUGGGAAGGUUGAUCUACUGUUAUUUAAUCCACCGUAUGUGGCAACACCUUCUGAAGAGGUGGAAAGCCAUGGAAUAGAGGCAUCCUGGGCUGGUGGCAAAAAGGGCAGAGAAGUAAUGGAUAGAGUUUUUCCAUUAGUACCAGACCUACUUUCUCCAGGAGGAUUAUUCUACUUGGUCACAAUUAAAGAAAAUAAUCCAGAUGAAAUUCUGGAAACAAUGAAGAAAUGUGGCUUAGAAGGCACACGAGUACUUUCCAGGCAAGCAGGACAAGAGAUGCUUACUGUCCUCAAAUUUAGGAAGUCUUCAUAACUGCUUUUAACCUUCCAGAUACUAGGCAUGCAGAAG